AUGACACAAAGGAAGUAUGCUUUAGAACUUGCGUCUGAAACUGGCCUAGGGGGAGCUGAACUAGUUAACACUCCUUUGGAACUAAACAACAAACUCACGUCUGUGCAAUAUAGUGAACUGGUACCAUGUUCAAGGACUAAAAAUGAUGAACUACUUAUGGACCCCUCACAGUAUCAAAUUUUAGUGGGAAAGCUUCUCUACUUAACCAUGACCAGGCCAGACCUUGAAUUUACUGCUCAAAUACUCAGUCAAAUCAUGCAUAGUCCUAAGCAAUCACAUCUGGAAGCAUCAUUGAGAGUAGUGAGGUAUAUCGAAGAAGCUCCUGGUCUAGGAAUAUUGAUGCCAACAGAAGAGACCACACAACUAACAACUUAUUGUGACUUAGAUUGGGGUGCAUGUCUAGAAACUAGGAAGUCUGUUACUUGCUAUCUAGUAAAGUUUGGAGGUGGUUUAAUCUCUUGGAAGUAUAAGAAGCAAGGAACAGUCACAACAAGCUCAGCUGAAGCAGAGUUCAGAAGCAUGGAUGCAUGUGCAGCUUAA